UAUCAACAAAACAUCAGAUAGAUAGUCAGGGUUUGGACCUACUUUUCUUUUAAGUCUGAAAGUCCUCUUCUCCGAGUCGCAACCAUUAAAAAUAGCUGCAUUGGUAUCACAACUAAGAAAAUCCGAGAUUCCAUUAAGCGGUGAAUCGACCCUCCGUAUCGAACGAAGGCGACGAUGAUUUCAGCUACUCUCAUCAUGUCUCUGUGGCUCCCAGUAUUUUGCCAAGGAGGGCAUCCUAAAAUUGUUUCUAGACCAAGUGAUCCCCUGAUUGCCCGUAGCGAAGACAAAGCUACGCUUAAUUGGACGCUUGGGUUGCCUCCCUCAGAGACGUGGAAUAGUAGCAUAUUUGAAGUGGUGUUUGGAAUCUGGAAACAUCCAGGAUUCCUGAAAACAAAACUCUUGGCCAUCGAUAGACAUGGUGAGGUACUGAUAAGACCAAACUACGAAAAGAAAAUUAGCUGCGACUUUAACAUGUCCAAGCUUCAAGUUGCAUUCACACUCCAUGGUUUAACCAUGAAGGAUGAGAAUCACUAUUGUCUUCAGGUUGAGCUUGGCCUUCAUCAGCCUCCUUUGACGGAUCCUGUGAUGCUUCUUCUUGAGGAUUCUCCUAAGAUAACCAGUCCCUGCUCAGAAAUAAUGACGACGAUUAUAAUGAUAAUCAUCCUUCCUGCUAAAGUGCUUUCUAACUUUUUUCUAGUUCCUCAUAUGCCAACACAAACAUCACAUGAUAAAGGAAGUCCUGUGUGGUUAUUUCCAGUAGUCAUAGGUGUGUCAGUUUUUUUAAUAGCUGCAGUGGUUGUCUUUCGCUCGCGUGGGCACCGCUGCAAAAGUAACCUCGCUUAUGAGCAGCAUAUUGAUGAAAAAGCAUCAGGUGAGCACUUCACAACUGCCGAGAUCUAGCCUAGAGCCGAUGAGGAGGCUGCGAGUUAGUGACUGAACAGUAUACCUUGAUCAUACUCUAUCAUGGAAUGCAUCAUUAGCUGGUAUACCGAAAUAGUAUCAAAAGCAGCUGUGCAAUUUCUCCAAUUUUUCCUCUUUCUUAACCUCCUGCCGGUUUCUGCUCCUAAGCCUCUAAAUUGUCUCCACUGAUCCGAUAAUUCUCGUAAGUUAUAAAUAAAACUUGCGUAAUUGUAGUACACUAUAAGCGUGCUUUAAAAUGAUUGCUAAGGAAAAAUAGAAAACUUUAAAACAGAUCAAUUCAUGUUAUUGACGGGACAAAAUUUUCUCAGGGGGAAAAUGAGAAAUGAGUUGCUUUGACAAAAAUCGUCUACUAGUCUUUGAAUAACAUUCUGACGCACCUAUUUGAUGAGUGCAUCGGUACUCAAAAUCCUUUGUUUUACAACGUUAGUUCGGAACACAACCCAAUCACUGAAAAAAUUCCAAGAACUUGCAACUGAAUUGUUUGCUACCUUAAUUGGCAUGGAAAGGCUUGAUAGGAGAGAACUUUUAAAAAUUAAAACCUGUAAUCUGGCCUAAUUUUGGUAAAUAAAGCAAGAAUACAAUUUUCUGCGCUACA